CUCACAAAUGGAUUCUCUCAAGUUCCUCCUGAUUUCAUCCCUCAUUUCUGCAUCUACAUCUCUUCAGCAGGAUAUUCAGGCGAAGCUUGGAGCUGACGUCACUCUCCAGUGUCAGAUUUUCACAGAUGAAAUAAUCUCAGUGCUGAAGUGGAGCAGAGCUGACCUGAACACAGACGGCUACGUCUACUUCUACAGGAACAAACGCUUCUAUGAAAACUACCAACAUCCAUCUUUUCAUGGCCGAGUGAAGCUGAGGGACCCGGAGAUGAAGGAUGGAGACGUUUCUGUGAUCCUGAAGAACGUCACGUUUAAUGACACUGGGAUUUAUGAGUGUCACAUAGCAGUGAGGAACCCUGUGAGAAGUAAAAGAGCUCACACUGAGAUCAGUCACUUCAUCAACCUCACAGUCACAGGUGAAACGCAUGAAAACAUGAAACUGGUGAAAACAGGAGAUGGAAACAUGGAGGAGGUGGUAGAAGUGGAGACUAGGACUGAUCAGAUGGUUGUUCCUGCUGUCUGUGCUGCUGCUGCUGUGACUGUCAUUGUUAUUACAGCUGGAUUUGUGGCAAUGUGGAGAUUUAAAAGAAAGAAACAGCAGCACAUGGAGGCAGAUAACCAGCAGCUGGCUGCUGCUACUCCCCUCCCCACCCUCCGCUCACAGAUGGCUGCUGUAAGAUUGCUCCUGUUUUUGCCUCUAGCAUAUGUUUCUGCAGCGCUACAGCUGGGUUUGCAGGCGAAGCUUGGAGAUGACGUCACUCUCCACUGUCAGAUUAUCACAGAUGAAAGAAUCUCAGUGCUGAAGUGGAGCAGAGCUGACCUGAACACAGACGGCUACGUCUACUUCUACAGGAACAAACGCUCCUAUGAAAACUACCAACAUCCAUCUUUUCAUGGCCGAGUGAAGCUGAGGGACCCGGAGAUGAAGGAUGGAGAUGUUUCUCUGAUCCUGAAGAACGUCACGUUUAAUGAUGCUGGGAUUUAUGAGUGUCACAUAGCAGUGAGGAACCCUGUGAGAAGUAAAAGAGUUCACACUGAGAUCAGUCACUUCAUCAACCUCACAGUCACAGGUGAAGUGCAUAAAAAAACUUGUUGGAGGAUCACAUCAUGGAAAGAGAAGAUGCUGAUGGAAACACUGAGGUUGAACAGGUUGAAGCACAGACUAUCCUGAUUGUUGCUGCUGUUGCUUUUGUCAUUGCUGUUGCUGCAGCUGUUGGUUUGUUAGUGUUGCUUCUUAAGAGAAAUAAGAAGCAGCAUCGAACAUCCUACUGAGGAAGAAUCAGUCCUGCUGAUUACAAACAACAUCCGUAAUUAUUUAAAUAUAUUUAAUUUAAAGUGAAAAUGAUAAGAUCACAAACUGUUUGUUUAUUAGAUGACAAUUUGUAACCAUUAAAACGAUUAAACACUGUCCUCACAUAUCUAUCAUAAAAAUUCCCUCAUAACUACAUUUAUAAUUAUUAAUACUAGUUAAAUAUAUACACCUAGAGAACAAAUCUUGCUUAUUGAAGCUAAUCUGUGCAUUCAAAGCAGUGGUAAGAAACUUUGCGUGCACACAUUUGCAUGUAUGGAAAUGACACAUGGAUAUUUGUGCUUGCAGGUGCACUGCAAGCAUUUUAUCUACUGCAUAUACAUGGACACAUCAGAAUUACUAACAUAACUGAAAUGUAUGUGUUUAGACUUUGAACCAUCUGGAGUACCAAGAAAAUCCAUGCAAAAAGGCCACAGGCAAGAUUUGAACCGGGAACUUUCUUGUUGUGAGGCGACACUGCUAAUCACAUAAAUUAUAAUAAUAAAAAUUAUAAUAACAACUGGAAUAACAACAACAAAAAAAAAUCCCAAUGGCACAUUGUGAAGCUCAGGAAUUCCAGAGGGUGUGGGCAACCAAAAUGAAUGCUCUGUCCAUGAAAGUAUGGAGGUUGGGGAGGGAGAGAGACCGACCAUGGCAAUCGAGACUGUGUGUGUGGGUGCAGCAGGUUAGACAGGUACUGUGGGACCAGGCCAUUGAUGGAUUUGUAAGUGGGGAAAAAAAAACUUGUAGUGUGUAACUUUAGUGGAUGCCGAUGGAAAUGUGAGGGUGGGGGUGAUGUGUUGUUAAGACUGUUGUUAAAAUGUCAGAAAAGGUCAAAUUUGACCCAAACUGAAAGUAAAGGGUUGAGGAAAGAUUAAACGCUGACACUUCAGUAA